ACGUCCUGAAGACAUACCCGCCUUAUUCUAUUCGUCAAGAUAUACUGCUGACUCAGACCGAAUGCAAGCAUGUACCCCGACUUCGGUACAUGACUUCAAACACGCCCAAUUCAAUACUGAACUACCAUUCCAACGUCGUCAACUUACCUACUUAUCUACCUUCCUAAUUUAGUUGUCCGGUCCGUGAUAUCUAUCUAGAGUUGUCGGUUUGCUGGGAGUGCCAAGACCGCGGGGAUUGAUUGGGUUUUCCCCACAUGCACUCACUCCCAUCUAUGGCUCUUUGGGAACGGUGCACCCACCCCCAUUUUGGUAAUCUGAUAUCAUAUCAUAACGUCGCAUCCCGUAUCUGCAGAAGCAUGAGUUGCAGCUUAUCAUCGAUAAGUAUCUAUGGAUGGAUUGAUCUCUUCUGCUUUCGCAAGCGCGAUAAGGAUUAAGAUUUAAUGAAGGGUUUCCUUAGGAUUUUCAUACAAUAUAGCAUGAUUCCAACGGGUGUGUUUGAGGAUACACAGUGGGUGACGAUUUACGAAUAUUGAAUAUUGGAUGUUGGAUAUUGCGCAUUAGACGACUAUAUCUUUCGAGAUCGAUUUCACAUUCUAAGGAUACUGGUUUUAUUUUGAAUUCUCUCAUCUCCUCAUCAUCAUCCAUCCAGGAAUCAAGAUGCGGAAAUCAGAAGACAUGACCACAAAACCACACCUCCAAGAUUUAUCUCUCCCCAUCGACCCCCCGCAUCUCCCUAAUAAACAAACGCACCUCGAUGCGCAAACUGCGACGGAAAUCGAGCAUUCCAUGUCUUUUCGCGAUGCGCUUCGUCUCUACCCCGCGGCGAUAGCUUGGUCUGCAUUUUUCUCUCUCGGAAUUAUCAUGACGGCUUUUGAUCCCCAAUUACUGGGAAGUUUAUAUGCGACACCUGCUUUCCAAAAGGAUUUUGGAUAUAAAUACAAGGGAGAUUAUAUCGUGAGCGCGCAAUGGCAGACGGCAUUGGGAAUGGGGAAUCCGAUUGGACAGGUGGUGGGAGCGUUACUUAUUGGGUUUCCGAUGGAGUGGUAUGGAAGGAAAUGGACAUAUAUGGCAUGUGUAUCCGGUACUGCAGCACUUAUCUUCGUGCAGUUCUUCGCGCGCUCUCUCCCUGUUCUUCUCGUCGGGGAACUUAUCGGCGGUCUCAUCCUAGGCACAUAUACUACCAUUGCCCCAACCUACGCAUCGGAAGUAUGUCCUAUAGCGCUUCGCGGUCAUCUAACUUCGUAUGUCAAUCUUUGUUUCGUGAUGGGUCAACUCAUCGCAAAUGGGGUUAUUGCUGGGACGUCUCGUCUCGAUAAUCAUUGGGCAUAUAGUGCUCCAUUUGCAAUUCAAUGGCUCUGGCCUCUCAUCAUUUUGAUUGGUAUCCCUUUCGCGCCUGAAUCGCCUUGGUGGUUGGUCAGGAAUGACAGACUUGAAGAAGCAGAGAAAUCGCUGGAUAGACUGUCGUCGAAGGAAAUUAAUAACAAAUUGGUUCUGGCGAUGAUGAUUGAGACGGAUAGGUUGGAGUUGGAGAUGGAGACGGGGACAACUUAUUGGGAUGUUUUUAAUAAGACUAAUAUUAGGAGAACGGAGAUCGCAAUUGCGGUUUUUGUGACGCAGGUUUUCAGUGGGAUUUAUUUGGUGGGCUAUGCGGCCUAUUUCUUUCAACUUGCCGGUCUUGCUGGAUCCAAAGCAUUUGAUAUGAGCGUCGGAUUUCUAGCCGUUGGCUUCGUAGGAACCCUUUUGUCAUGGAUUUUGAUAUCAAAAUUCGGUCGACGACGCAUCUACAACAUCGGCCUUGCGUUACUCACCACUAUUAUGUUUCUUAUUGGGAUUCUGGAUUGUGUACCAAAUUAUGUGAAUCGUCCAGGUGUCAUCUGGGCACAAUCGACGCUCAUGAUUGUUUGGAAUGGUAUCUUUGAUCUUAGUGUUGGCCCCGUUUGCUACACGAUUUUCUGUGAGGUAUCAGCGACCAAAGUUCGUUCGAAAACUAUUGCUGUGGCUACGGCAAUGCAAGCACUUGUUGGAAUAGUUAUGACGGUUGCCAUUCCUUAUAUGAUUAACCCGGAUCAAGCGAAUUGGAGAGGAAAGAUUGGAUUUUUCUAUGGUGGUUGUUCGGUAUUUUGUCUUAUCUGGUGUUGGCUCAGAGUCCCAGAAACCAAAGGAAGGACGUACGAAGAAUUGGAUCUGAUGUUCGCAAGAGGUGUCAAGACGAGAGAUUUCAAACAUUACAAAAUCGUGUAAUGUAUUGUAUAUCCACACCAAUUUGACUCGUUAAUGAAAUUAAAAAUAGCACUUUCACUUGCAGAUAUACUGGUUUCGUCUUAUGUUUCGUUCUCAUUCUCACCACUGUACAUUUUGAUGGAUCAUCUUGUGCAUGGUUGAUGAUGAUGAACUUAUUUCAAUUGUGUUUAUCUUCAGUGAGUGCAUUGAAGGACUCCUUGCAUUAACCCUACAACUUAUGAAUCGUUCCAAUUUCUGGAGACCCCUAGUUUUGUGAUCUUCACAAUCCCAAGACACAAUGAUUGAAUUUUGCAAUGAAAGUUGAAACCCCAGAAAUCGGCAAAGAAAGGUUGAGCGAUUUAAUGCCAAAUCAAUCCAAUUAGCUCGUCGACACGACACGACACAACAUGCAUGACACAGCACGAUAAAUCAAAUUGACAUCAUUUGUGUCGGCCAAUCCGUCUGUCGGUGUUUUGGGUCAAAUCCUGUCAAUUUUGUCAUUCCUGUCAAUCCUGUCAUCCAUACUCGUGAGUCGUCGUCAUAUGUUCCGGGAGUCCGGAGUAUUGAUGGGCGAUGAUGUUCCAAGUUUUUUAGGAUUGAUCGAUACCCAGGUCCAAUUAGCUACGUAGAUGGAAAGGUAGAGGGAAGAAAAGUAAGGUUAUUCCGAGUUUCGUCCACCAAUCUUCGUGUAAAUGUGAAGAUUUACUACCUCGAACUAUGAGUUGUAAUCUUAUCUAGGCGUAGGUAAUACUAAAGUAAG